AUGCCCCACUAUCCCCACUUUAUGUAAUAUCGAGCAGUCAAAUCAGUCAAAUACUCGACACACAUAAUAAACAACACAAGUGUUAAAACUCGAUUACACAAGUUUGAGGAAUUAUUAUUUUGAUAAUACAUAAAACAAAUAUUGUGAAAAAUCAGUGAUUUCAUUGGCCACACCCGGCAGCCAUUUUAGGCUCAUCAAAUCAAUACAAAAAUAAAUAAAUUUUGACGUUUAAAAAUGGAUCAAAUAACACCAAAAGAAGUUAGGAUAUUAGAAAAUCCAGAGGAUAUUCAGGAACGUCGUGAACAAGUACUUGGCAGAUAUGCUAAUUUUAAAGCAGAAGCACGUACAAAACGUGAUAAACUUGAGGACUCCCGUCGCUUUCAGUAUUUUAAGCGAGAUGCGGAUGAACUCGAAGGAUGGAUAUUUGAAAAAUUACAAGCAGCUUCUGAUGAAAAUUAUAAAGAUCCAACAAAUCUUCAAGCAAAAAUUCAAAAACAUCAAGCAUUUGAAGCUGAGGUAUCAGCUCAUUCAAAUGCAAUUGUUUUGCUUGAUAAUACUGGAUCAGAAAUGAUUGCCCAACAUCAUUUUUCUAGUGAUAUGAUACGUAAACGUCUUGAGGAACUUCAUCGUUUAUGGGAACUUUUAUUAAGUCGUUUAGCUGAAAAAGGAUUAAAAUUACAACAAGCACUUGUUCUUGUACAAUUUAUUCGUCAUUGUGAUGAAGUUAUGUUUUGGAUUCAUGAUAAAGAAGCAUUUGUAACAACUGAUGAAUUUGGUCAUGAUUUAGAACAUGUUGAGGUACUCCAAAGAAAAUUUGAUGAAUUUCAAAAAGAUAUGGCAAGUCAAGAGUAUCGUGUUACUGAAGUUAAUGAACUUGCUGAUAAAUUAUUGUUAGAUGGACAUCCAGAACGUGAUACAAUUCUUAGAAGAAAAGAAGAAUUAAAUGAAUCAUGGCAACGUCUUAAACAAUUAGCAAUAUUAAGACAAGAAAAAUUAUUUGGAGCACAUGAAAUACAACGUUUUAAUCGUGAUGCUAAUGAAACAAUGACAUGGAUUGCUGAAAAAGAUGUUGUAUUAUCAUCUGAUGAUUUUGGUAGAGAUCUUGCAAGUGUACAAACAUUACAACGUAAACAUGAGGGUAUUGAACGUGAUUUAGCAGCAUUAGAAGAUAAAGUUGCAACACUUGGUGCUGAAGCUGAUCGUUUAUCAGCAACUCAUCAAGCUGAUCAUUCACAACAAAUACAAGCAAAACUUGCUGAAAUAUUUCAAUCAUGGGAAAGUUUAACAGCAAAAGCUAAAGAACGUCGUUUUAAAUUAGAUGAAUCAUAUUAUCUUCAUAGAUUUUUAGCUGAUUAUAGAGAUCUUGUAUCAUGGAUGAAUGAUAUGCGUGCAAUAAUAUCAGCUGAUGAACUUGCUAAAGAUGUUGCUGGUGCUGAGGCAUUAUUAGAAAGACAUCAAGAACAUAAAGGUGAAAUUGAUGCACGUGCUGAUAGUUUUGAUUCAGCAACAUUAGCUGGUAAUCAAUUACUUGAACGUAAACAUUAUGCUGCUGAUGAAGUUGCUAGAAAGUUGGAUUCAUUAAUUGAAGAUAAAUCAUCAUUAUUAUCAUUGUGGGAACAAAGAAGAAUACUUUAUGAACAAUGUAUGGAUUUACAACUUUUUUAUCGUGAUACUGAACAAGCUGAUGCUUGGAUGGCUAAACAAGAAGCAUUUUUAGCAAAUGAAGAUCUUGGUGAUUCAUUAGAUAGUGUUGAGGCAUUAAUUAAAAAACAUGAAGAUUUUGAUAAAUCACUUGCUGCACAAGAAGAAAAAAUUAAAGCACUUGAUGAAUUUGCUGGUAAACUUAUUGAAGGUAAACAUUAUGCUGCUGAUGAUGUUGCACAAAGACGUAAAUUAUUACUUGAAAGACGUGCUGUAUUACUUGUUAAUUCAGCUGAACGUAGAAGACGUCUUGAGGAUGCAUAUAAAUUACAACAAUUUGAACGUGAUUGUGAUGAAACAAAAGGUUGGGUUAAUGAAAAAUUAAAAUUUGCAACUGAUGAUAGUUAUCUUGAUCCAACAAAUUUAAAUGGUAAAGUACAAAAACAUCAAAAUUUUGAACAAGAAUUAAAUGCAAAUAAAACACGUAUGGAAGAAAUGGUAUCAAUUGGACAAGAAUUAAUUGACAGUGAGCAUUAUGCCAGUGAUAGAAUAAAAGGUAGAAUUGAUGAAAUUGUAUCAUUAUGGGAAAGUCUUGCUAAAGCAACUGAAAAAAAAGGUACAAAAUUACAAGAAGCAUCACAACAACAACAAUUUAAUCGUACUGUUGAAGAUAUUGAAUUAUGGUUAUCUGAAGUUGAAGGACAAUUAAUGUCUGAAGAUUAUGGUAAAGAUUUAACAAGUGUACAAAAUUUACAAAAAAAACAUGCACUACUUGAAGCUGAUGUUGGAUCACAUUCAGAUCGUAUUGAAAGUAUUGCACAAGCAGCUGAACAAUUUGUUAGCUCUGGUCAUUUUGAUGCUGAUAAUAUACGUGGUAAACAAGAACAACUUGGUUCACGUUAUUCAGCAUUACAAAGACCAAUGAGUAUUAGAAAACAACGUCUACUUGAUUCAUUACAAGUACAACAAUUAUUCCGUGAUAUUGAAGAUGAAGAAGCAUGGAUACGUGAAAAAGAACCAGUUGCAGCAAGUACAAAUCGUGGUCGUGAUUUAAUUGGUGUACAAAAUUUACAAAAAAAACAUCAAGCUGUAUUGGCUGAAAUUAAUAAUCAUGAGCCAAGAGUUGCUGCUGUUUGUCAGGCUGGAUCAAAAAUGUUACAAGAUGGACAUUUUGCUGCUGAAGAAAUAAGUCAAAGAUUAGCAGCACUUGAUGAACACUGGGGACAAUUAAAAGAAAAAGCACGUCAACGUAAAACUGAUUUAGAUGAUUCAUUACAAGCACAUCAAUAUUUUGCUGAUGCAAAUGAAGCAGAAUCAUGGAUGAAAGAAAAACGACCAAUUGUAUUAAAUGCUGAUUAUGGAAAAGAUGAAGAUAGCUCAGAGGCAUUAUUAAAAAAACAUGAAGCACUUGUUAGUGAUCUUGAGGCAUUUGCAAGUACAAUUGGUGGUUUAAGAGAUCAAGCAGCAGCUUGUAGACAACAAGAAACACCAACAAUUGAUAUUGCUGGUAAAGAAUGUGUUGUUGCACUUUAUGAUUAUGCUGAAAAAUCACCACGUGAAGUAUCUAUGAAAAAGGGUGAUACAUUAACAUUAUUAAAUUCAAAUAAUAAAGAUUGGUGGAAAGUUGAAGUUAAUGAUCGUCAAGGUUUUGUACCAGCAGCUUAUGUUAAACGUGUUGAGCCAGAAGUUGGUUUAACAGCAUCACAACAAAAUUUAGCACGUGAACAAAGUUCAAUUGCUGCUAGACAAGCACAAAUUCAAGCACAAUUUGAUGAUUUACUUGAAUUAGCACAUGAACGUCAAAAUAAAUUAAAUGAAACAGCUAAAGCAUAUGUAUUAGUUAGAGAAGCAGCUGAAUUAGCAACAUGGAUUAAAGAUAAAGAAAAUCAUGCACAAGUACAAGAUGUUGGUGAAGAUUUAGAACAAGUUGAAGUUAUGCAAAAGAAAUUUGAUGAUUUUCAAGCUGAUCUUAAAGCAAAUGAAGUACGUUUAGCUGAAAUGAAUGAAAUUGCUGUACAAUUAAUGAGUCUUGGUCAAACUGAGGCUGCAUUAAAAAUACAAACACAAAUUCAAGAUCUCAAUGAAAAAUGGACAAGUUUACAAACACUUACUGCUGAAAGAGCAAGUCAAUUGGGAUCAGCUCAUGAGGUACAACGUUUUCAUCGUGAUGUUGAUGAAACAAAAGAUUGGAUACGUGAAAAAGAUGCUGCAUUAAAUAAUGAUGAUCUUGGUAAAGAUUUAAGAAGUGUACAAGCAUUACAAAGAAAACAUGAGGGUCUUGAACGUGAUUUAGCUGCAUUGGGAGAUAAAAUUAAACAACUUGAUGAAACAGCAAAUCGUCUUAUGCAAUCACAUCCUGAUACUGCUGAACAAACAUAUGCUAAACAAAAAGAAAUUAAUGAAGAAUGGACACAACUUACUGCCAAGGCUAAUUCAAGAAAAGAAAAACUUCUUGAUUCUUAUGAUUUACAAAGAUUUUUAAGUGAUUAUCGUGAUUUAAUGGCUUGGAUUAAUUCAAUGAUGGGUCUUGUAGCAUCUGAAGAACUUGCAUCUGAUGUAACUGGUGCUGAGGCAUUAUUAGAACGUCAUCAAGAGCAUCGUACUGAAAUUGAUGCUAGAGCUGGUACAUUCCAAUCAUUUGAAUUAUUUGGUCAACAAUUAUUACAAUCAAGUCAUUAUGCAAGUGUUGAAAUACAAGAAAAAUUAGAAUCAAUGACUGAGGCACGUCAAGAACUUGAAAAAGCUUGGGUACAACGUCGUAUGCAACUUGACCAAAAUUUAGAACUUCAAUUAUUUUGUCGUGAUUGUGAACAAGCUGAAAAUUGGAUGAGUGCCAGAGAAGCAUUUCUCAGUAGUGCUGAUGCUGUUGAUAGUACAGAUAAUGUUGAGGCACUUAUUAAAAAACAUGAAGAUUUUGAUAAAGCAAUUAAUGCACAUGAAGAAAAAAUUGCUGCAUUACAAACAUUGGCUGAUCAACUUAUUGCUGCUGAGCAUUAUGCAGCAAAACCAAUUGAUGAUAGACGUUGUCAAGUACUUGAUCGUUGGCGUCAUUUAAAAGAUGCAUUAAUUGAAAAAAGAUCAAAACUUGGUGAAUCACAAACAUUACAACAAUUUUCACGUGAUGCUGAUGAAAUGGAAAAUUGGAUUGCUGAAAAAUUACAACUUGCAACUGAAGAGAGUUACAAAGAUCCAGCAAAUAUACAAUCAAAACAUCAAAAACAUCAAGCAUUUGAAGCUGAAUUAGCUGCAAAUGCUGAUAGAAUACAAUCUGUAUUAGCUAUGGGUGGUAAUCUUAUUGAUAAACAUCAAUGUGCUGGUUCUGAAGAUGCUGUACAAAAACGUCUUGCUUCAAUUGCUGAUCAAUGGGAAUAUUUAACUCAAAAAACAACUGAAAAAUCAUUAAAAUUAAAAGAAGCUAAUAAACAAAGAACUUAUAUUGCUGCUGUUAAAGAUCUUGAUUUUUGGCUUGGUGAAGUUGAAAGUUUAUUAACAUCUGAGGAUGCUGGUAAAGAUUUAGCAUCUGUACAAAAUUUAAUGAAAAAACAUCAACUUGUUGAGGCUGAUAUACAAGCACAUGAAGAAAGAAUAAAAGAUAUGAAUUCACAGGCUGAUUCAUUAAUUGAAUCUGGUCAAUUUGAUGCUGCUGGUAUACAAGAAAAACGUCAAAGUAUCAAUGAAAGAUAUGAAAGAAUAAGAAAUUUAGCUGCUCAUCGUCAAGCAAGAUUAAAUGAAGGAAAUACACUUCAUCAAUUUUUCCGUGAUAUUGCUGAUGAAGAAUCAUGGAUUAAAGAAAAAAAAUUACUUGUUGGUUCAGAUGAUUAUGGACGUGAUUUAACUGGUGUACAAAAUUUAAAGAAAAAACAUAAACGUUUAGAGGCUGAAUUAGCAAGUCAUGAACCAGCAAUUCAAGCUGUACAAGAAGCUGGUGAAAAAUUAAUGGAUGUAUCAAAUUUGGGUGUACCAGAAAUUGAACAACGUUUGAAGCUACUUAAUCAAGCAUGGGCUGAAUUAAAACAACUUGCUGCAAAUCGUGGACAAAAACUUGAUGAAUCAUUGACAUAUCAACAAUUUUUAGCUAAAGUUGAAGAAGAAGAAGCUUGGAUAACUGAAAAACAACAAUUAUUAUCUGUUGAAGAUUAUGGUGAUACAAUGGCUGCUGUACAAGGUUUAUUAAAAAAACAUGAAGCAUUUGAAACUGAUUUUUCAGCUCAUGGUGAUCGUUGUAAAGAUAUAUGUGAUGCUGGUGAAUCAUUAAUUAAAUCUGGUAAUCAUCGUGCUGAUUCAAUUGGACAACGUUGUAAUCAAUUGAGAAAUAAACUUGAACAACUUGGCUCAUUGGCAAUACGUAGAAAAACACGUUUAAAUGAUAAUUCAGCGUAUUUACAAUUUAUGUGGAAAGCUGAUGUUGUUGAAUCAUGGAUUGCUGAUAAAGAAACACAUGUUAGAUCUGAAGAAUUUGGACGUGAUUUAUCAACAGUACAAACAUUAUUAACAAAACAAGAAACAUUUGAUGCUGGUCUUCAUGCAUUUGAACAUGAAGGUAUACAAAAUAUAACAACAUUAAAAGAAAGACUUGUUGAUUCUGGUCAUGAUCAAACACCAGCAAUACAAAAACGUCAUGCUGAUGUUAUAACACGUUGGCAAAAAUUACUUGCUGAUUCAGAUGCUAGAAAACAACGUUUAUUACGUAUGCAAGACCAAUUCCGUCAAAUUGAAGAAUUAUAUUUGACAUUUGCUAAAAAAGCAUCAGCAUUUAAUUCAUGGUUUGAAAAUGCUGAAGAAGAUUUAACUGAUCCAGUACGUUGUAAUAGUAUUGAAGAAAUACGUGCAUUAAGAGAAGCACAUGCACAUUUCCAAGCAAGUUUAUCAUCAGCUGAAGCUGAUUUUCAAGCAUUGGCUGCACUUGAUAGAAAAAUUAAAAGUUUUAAUGUUGGUCCAAAUCCAUAUACUUGGUUUACAAUGGAAGCACUUGAAGAUACAUGGCGUAAUUUACAAAAAAUUAUCAAAGAACGUGAUGUUGAAUUGGCUAAAGAAGCACAACGUCAAGAAGAAAAUGAUAAAUUAAGAAAAGAUUUUGCAAAACAUUCAAAUGCAUUCCAUCAAUGGUUAGCUGAAACUCGUACAUCAAUGAUGGAAGGAUCUGGUUCAUUGGAACAACAACUAGAAGCAACUAAAAGAAAAACACAAGAAGUACGUGCACGUCGUUCUGAUCUUAAAAAAAUUGAAGAUCUUGGAGCUAUAUUAGAAGAACAUUUAAUUCUUGAUAAUCGUUAUACUGAACACAGUACAGUUGGCCUAGCUCAACAAUGGGAUCAAUUAGAUCAACUUGGUAUGAGAAUGCAGCAUAAUUUAGAACAACAAAUACAAGCAAGAAAUCAAUCAGGUGUAUCUGAGGAUGCACUUAAAGAAUUUUCAAUGAUGUUUAAACACUUUGAUAAAGACAAGAGUGGACGAUUAAAUAAACAAGAAUUUAAAUCUUGUUUACGUGCAUUGGGUUAUGAUUUACCAAUGGUUGAAGAAAAUCAACCUGAUCCAGAAUUUGAAAAUAUACUUGAUAUUGUUGAUCCCCAACGUGAUGGAUAUGUUUCACUACAACAAUACAUGGCAUUUAUGAUUAGCAGAGAAACUGAAAAUGUUCAAAGCUCUGAAGAAAUUGUCAAUGCAUUCAGGGCAAUUACCGCUGCUGAUAGGCCAUAUGUUACUAAAGAAGAACUAUAUGCGAAUCUUACCAAGGAAAUGGCUGAUUACUGUGUUGCCCGAAUGAAACCAUACGUUGAUCCAAAGAAUGAACGACCAAUAACAGCUGCUUUGGAUUACAAUGAUUUUACUCAAACACUUUUCCAAAAUUAAUCAUUAUUAUUACGUAUAUAAUUACGUAUAUUUAAUCUUUUCACAUUUUGAAAAAUUGUGUAAUCAAAAAUAUUAUUUAUCGUAAAACACAAAAUAUAUAUUAUUCAUAUUGUACCCUUUUAAAUUUCACAAUUAUUCAAAUAAAUCUAUAAACUAAU